GCGCCAGCGUUGCAUCACGGAUCCACGGCUCCACGCCUCAAGAUGCACUUUAUAUGGCGAAGUAUGUAAAAUGAUACACACACACUCAUUUAACAUAUCCUCGUCACCAUCGACUUGUGUAUUCCUAUAUCUUCCAAUACACGGUGCUACAUAUUCACCUGUCACUGGAGGAGAUUAAGUGUGAAGUGAGCUUAUUAGUUGUAUAGCAACAUACACGUACUUGACCACAGCGCACGGUUAAGCGAAUGCGUGUUUAUCGUAUAUAUAUACCACAGCGUUUUGCUGAAGUCUCUGUCCAGCAUAAAAACAACUAAAUCACAGUGUUUCACAUUCCAUCACAGACGAUUGUGCAUGAUCGAUAUGGUGGCGCUCAGACAAUCCCCUGGGGGUAUAGUAAAGGCAACCUACACAUUCCUCAUGCUUAGGUCAUCCGCAGUGCUUGCAUGCUGCCUAGUGAGUACACUUAUGAUAAUUUUUGUAUUAGGGAGCUCACAGCGCAUUGAAAUAGAGCAGAGUGUUGAUAUCGACAGUCUCAAGUCUUGGGCGUAUAGUAUGGACUUUGGGUUUCUGACCUCAGGUGAAUUGACCCAGGGUGAACAAUGGGCAAACAGAUAUAGGGAAUUAAUAUCCGAUAAUGCGAGUUUAAUAGUGACCAAUAAGACAAAUGGUUGCGAUUUUGACAAAUGUCAGCAAGGACCAUAUGUCUACUUUCUCAUUCCGUUUAGAAAUCGAGGCGAAAGUCUACGACGUCUAGCCGACACCUUGCAGAUUGACGCAGAGAGUGCGCAGAUCACCACCGUUGACUGUUUGUGUUUGGGUGUGGCUGAUUACGACGAUGUGGUUGACGAUAGUAUGAGAUCAGCAGAAGCUUUGGAGCACUGGAGCGGAAGCUACGAUAUAAGAAGCGUAUCAGGCCCCUUCUCGCGAGGAGGCGGUAUCAAAAGCCUGCUUACCCCAAAUAACAUACUCACCACGCCAGAAGAUAAAAGCAUCUACUACAUCAUUGAUACAGACAUGGUGGUGUGGCCUGGAUUCAUAGAUGAUGUUAUUAAGAAUACUAAGCUGCAAUCUGGCACUGUGCCUGUGUGUUGGAGUUUGGACAGCUACAACCGCAGCACUAUGGCAGGCACUGAUGGCUUCUGGAGAGGGUACGGUAUGGGAAUGUGGAGUAUAUAUGCCAGCACACUCAAACGGGUUACACACUACAAUAUUGCGGGUGCCAACAAGUACAAUUGGGGCUUAGAAGAUUAUGCGAUUCAGAAACAACUGCGAUACGGGACACAAAACGUACACAGGUAUAAUACACUUAUGCAACGCUACUGUAAUCCGUAUCUGUUUCAUUUUCCUCACCCUAAGAUUAAGUGGGAAAAGUCUGCCAAUGGAAUGGGUAAAGAUGUAGCUGUAAAUAAUCCGUUUAAAAAGGCCGACGAGAUCGAAUUCAUACUGAGCAUGUAUGAAGAAACCUACUUCAACUUGAACAAGUAUAGUGAUGAACAUGACCAGUGCGCGAAGUUCUUAAAACUGAGGAAAAACAACUGGAAAUUCCAAACCUAUCAAAGGUGAGAAGCCAUGAUAUAUCGAAUUCCGGUUAACGGCCAUCGCAACGGCAGUAUCGGAUUUGGUAAGAACAAUCACGAGUAAUCGGCAAGAAACGGUUGUCUCCUAGACUUCGGCGAAGACGAGGUAGAAAGAGAAAGCUUCCCGAAUCUUCCAUUAUCUCCACCUGGAGUUGUCUGGUAUUUCCCGACAGCCGGCAUCGAUCUUGAAUUACCCAUUCGCUUGUUGCGCAUUUGAUCGCCAAUGGUCCGCGAGAGGCGCAAUCGAUGAUUUUUAGUACAUGGGCUUCGGGGUGUAGGCUGGUGAAGAACUCGGAUAUGGUAACAGUAUACCCUCUUAUUUUUAGGUGUAGUGACUGUUGACUUUCAUAUUUUUGGGGUUGGUAGCGGUAAAUCCCAGUAUGCAUGAGUGACACGCUUCUGGUACGGUGGACGACGUCGGCUGUAAUGCCGCAUGCCUGCGAUGGCGAUGUCUGCAUUGGCAUCCCUGGCAGCGCAAUGCAAUGUAGAGUUACACUUCACACUGUGUCCUCUCCCCACUCCUCACACAUUCAAGCUUGAAUCAUGCGCGCGCGCACACUAGAUACAUGUCAGAGUGUGAAGCUGCGUAGGUCACAAAUUUAUCAUUAAGUAUAAUAAAUAUGCUCACCUUUUGAUCGUCCU